AGCAUUGGUGCCGGUAUUGGAGCCAUAUCCGGGAGACGUUGCUGUAUGCCGGCUCAGCUAAAGGUUGCAGAGCGCCACAGGAGUACCGUACAGAGGAUAUAUUUGUGUUACUGAGUUAUUUUAUCGUCUCAGAAUGGCGGAAGAGGCCAUCAGUGAGCAAAUGAAAGAGCUAAAAGUCAAAGAAGGGAAGCAGGGCAAGACAGCAGACAAUGCUGGGAAAGAUGGAGGGAAGAAGAAGAGCAAAGGAGCUGGAGACACAGGAGGCAGAACUGAGCUGAAUCCUCAGCCUCAGUAUAUAGAUGAUCGUCUAGUCCUGUACAACAAGCUAAAGGCUGAACAUGAUGCUCUGAUGGCCGAGAAAGCUGAGAAGGAGAGCAAGCCCAUCAAGAUCACCCUGCCCGAUGGGAAAGUGGUGGACGGCGAGUCCUGGAAGACCACGCCCUACCAGGUUGCCUGUGGCAUCAGCCAAGGCCUGGCUGAUAACACGGUGAUUGCCAAAGUGAACAACGAUGUGUGGGACCUUGACAGACCAUUGGAGGGAGACUGCCGUUUGGAGCUUCUCAAGUUUGAUGAUGAGGAAGCACAAGCAGUCUAUUGGCACUCCAGCGCCCACAUUAUGGGCGAGGCCAUGGAGAGAGUGUACGGAGGCUGCCUGUGUUACGGACCUCCCAUUGAGAGCGGCUUCUACUACGACAUGUACCUGGACAACGAAGGCGUAUCGAGUAAUGACUUCCCCUGUCUCGAGAACCUGUGUAAAAAGAUUAUCAAGGAGAAGCAGCCCUUUGAGCGGUUGGAGGUAAAGAAGGAGACUCUUCUGGAUAUGUUCAAGUACAACAAGUUUAAGUGCAGGAUCCUGAAUGAGAAAGUUACCACCCCGACAACUACAGUUUACAGGUGUGGGCCCUUGAUUGACCUAUGUAGAGGACCCCAUGUAAGACACACUGGGAAGAUCAAGGCCUUGAAGAUUCAUAAGAAUUCAUCCACAUACUGGGAGGGCAAGGCAGACAUGGAGACCCUGCAGCGCAUUUAUGGCAUCUCCUUCCCCGACCCUAAGAUGCUAAAGGACUGGGAGAAAUUCCAAGAAGAGGCCAAGAACAGAGACCACCGCAAACUGGGACGGGAACAAGAAUUGUUUUUCUUCCAUGAUCUCAGCCCUGGUAGCUGCUUCUUCCUCCCAAAGGGGGCCUACAUCUACAACACACUGGUGGAGUUUAUAAGGAGUGAAUACAGGAAGAGGGGCUUCCAGGAGGUGGUCACUCCAAACAUCUACAACAGCAAGCUGUGGCAGACCUCUGGCCACUGGCAGCACUACAGCGAGAACAUGUUCUCCUUCGAAGUGGAGAAGGAGAUCUUCGCCCUUAAGCCCAUGAACUGCCCUGGACACUGUCUGAUGUUUGAUCAUCGGCCUCGCUCCUGGAGGGAACUGCCUCUGCGUCUGGCUGAUUUUGGCGUGCUGCACCGCAAUGAGCUCUCCGGAGCUCUCACCGGUCUUACCCGUGUCCGGCGCUUCCAGCAGGACGAUGCGCACAUCUUCUGUGCUAUGGACCAGAUUGAGUCGGAGAUUAAAGGCUGUCUGGAGUUCCUGCGUGCGGUGUAUGAUGUAUUUGGUUUCAGCUUUAAACUGAACCUCUCCACUAGACCAGAGAAGUUCCUUGGGGAACCAGAAGUGUGGGAUCAGGCUGAGAAGCAACUAGAGAACAGUCUGAACGAGUUCGGGGAGAAGUGGGUAUUAAACCCUGGAGAUGGAGCUUUCUAUGGACCAAAGAUUGACAUUCAGAUCAAGGAUGCCAUUGGAAGAUACCACCAGUGUGCUACCAUCCAGCUGGACUUCCAGCUCCCCAUCCGCUUCAAUCUAACCUUCGUCAGCCAUGAUGGAGAUGAUAAGAAGAGGCCAGUGAUUAUUCACAGAGCCAUUUUGGGCUCGGUUGAGAGAAUGAUUGCCAUCCUGACAGAAAACUAUGGUGGGAAAUGGCCUUUGUGGCUUUCCCCACAUCAGGUGAUGGUUGUGCCUGUUGGACCCACUUGUGAAGAUUAUGCGCAAAGGGUGAAAACAGAGUUUCACAGCGCUGGCCUGAUGACAGAUGUAGAUCUAGAUCCGGGCUGCACUCUGAACAAGAAGAUCAGAAAUGCACAGUUGGCUCAGUACAACUUUAUUUUAGUGGUGGGAGAGAAGGAAAAGACCAGCGACACGGUGAACGUGCGGACGAGAGAUAACAAGGUCCACGGGGAAAGAAGUCUAACCGACUGCAUGGAGCGCUUGAAACAACUGAAGGCAUCAAGAACCCGCAAUGCCGAAGAGGAGUUUUAAUCUCAUGGAAAUACGUGCCAUGCUGCUCUGAGAAGAUGUUUUACAUCUCAGGAAUAGGCAAAUAAACGCUGAGCCUCAAGGCAAAAUGCUCCUAAUAAAGAAAAUGCAGAUCACGUUUUUGCUGUAUUGCUCCCAGCUAUAUCAUCGUGACCGUUUGUAAGGAUGGGCAGCCAUAAACAGUCCUGACUGCUGGCACCUCUCAUGAGCUCAUCAACACACGGAUUUCCUACAACAAUAACGAAAAGCAAUGUGUCUGCCUGUAAAAUCUUAACAGCAGUAGAAAGAAAAUUUCACUUAAAUUAACCUAGCUACAGAUUCACUUCCAGCUGCAUAUUAGUCAUUUUUCCAAAUUGAAUCAAAGUAUGUUUCUUUUUUCUGUGUAGCCAGUUGUAUGUUUAAUGAGUUUGUUCAGUAUUUGUGUCAAACUUCUCAAAUCUGUGGCAAAAAUAUUGAUUUGUUAAAUUAGCCAUUCUUUCAGAAAGAAACUCUUUUUGUAAGCUGUAGGAUUUCUAUCAUAUAAAUCAGGGGCUCUCUGCAAAUGAAAUAAAUCUUAUACUUGAAGUCUAUGCUUACUGUGUCUUUUUUUUUUUUCCUCCUUUUCCCUUGUUGUGCAGUUCUGUGCAGUAUGUAACUUGAAGUCAGAUUUUUGCAUAGUAAGACCAGGGAGUUGUGCCAUCACAACAGGGCUAGUUUCACUUUCUGCUUGCUGGCUGCUGAAACCAGCUGAUUUCUGGGAAACAGCAGGCAGCAGACAAACACAAGCUCUGCCUCUGGCGCACAGUAGUGUACAGAGCUGAAAAUAACAAUGUCUGUAAACUUAAUGCUUGUCUUUGAACUCGGACACAUGACUGCAACUAUAGCAUUUUUAUAAUUUUGUUUACCAACAGAAAUUAAUAUCAGCCGUUCAGUUGUUUACAUUAGCAAUGUUGCACAUUGUUCUCUGAAUACUGGUGGAUUUCUGGAAGUUUGAAUUAAAGUUUUCAUUUCUGAGAUGGACUUCACUGAUGAAGAGAUGAGGUGGCUGCUGAGCAUAUCGGCAGAGGUACCUGUUGGUAACCUCACCCCAAUGGAAGAGCGCUGGUACGAGCUGGCAAAGCCGGAGACAGCAUAUGAGGCCCAACUGUUCCAGCUACUGGCCUCCAUACGCUUUGGCUUGACUGACUCUGUCACCUCCAGCAUGGACAUCCUAACAAGCGUAGUACAAAACAUGCGCAUGUUUUCAUAAGUGUGAAUAAAUAUUGUCCAAAAAAACAUAGUGAACAACUCUUGCUGUCUAGAUGUCCCAAAAAUGAGGACAAACCACAGUGCUUGAAUGAAUUUUGUUUGAAAAAAAAACAAAAAAACAAAAAAAAAAAAAAAAAAAAAAACUGCUGAGUCUGUGAACAGAGAAAUGCAAAGCACUAUCUUACUGUAGAUCAUGAAAUAUGAGAAACACAACAUAUCUGGAAAAAAUAAACAGUAGAAACAUUUUAUAAUACCAUUUAGGUAAACUAAGACCAAAUAGGCCCUGAAAUGGACUAGCCAGUGUUCAUGGGAUAAGCGUCCGCUCCACCUUGACCUGAUAAAGUGGUUACUAAACAGAGAAUGAAUGACUGAGUGAAGGAAUGAAGACCAAAUAUGCUAGUUCCAAUAUUAUACCUGUUAAAAUUUCCAUCAUUAUACCUGCCAGUCUUGAACGUCUAUAUAAAACAUGUAUAUAAAUUUCAGGAAUAAGUUCCUUGACUCUAAUAUUUAUCUAAUAUCUAAUAUCUAAUAUUCUACAUAUUUAAAUAAUGAGCCUAAUGUUUAAAUAGUUGGAUUAUGUUCAUAAAAUAAAUCUGUGCUGAGGAAUGUAGGAGUAUAUGGAAUUUAUUUUCCUGGUUGCAAAAUGUUUGAGAAUCCAUGCUUUAUGGCACAGCUUCAAUGCACAGAGUUACAGCUUAAGUUUAUCUACUCCAUCAAAACCUUGUACUACGAUGUUUUCAUGAAACCUGCCACAUGAAAGCGACAGCACGUCCAAACAUGUUUUCUCUAUUCCACACAUCUGAUAAGUUUAAUAUCAGUGUAUGUGUUGUAUCAUCAGUGCUUCAUUUGUUCCAUACUAGAAAAGUACAAGAUGGUUUCAAUUUCUUGCAGCAGUGUGUACAAAUGAUAAAGCUGUGUUGAAGGAUGAUGUAUAAUGUCAUGCCAUGUCUACCUCAGUGCGUGACUGUAGCUGCUCACUGUUAGAUGCAAUAACAAUUAUUCUUGUUGUGUAAUCUCUGCCAGAUUUCACUGUGGUCUAGAAUGAAGUAGCAUACAUGAGUAGCAGCAAAAUAAAUUCAGGAUAUAUAUUUAAAUGUCCAUGCACUUUUUACUAGAACUGUCUGUAUAAGGCUUUUUUUUUUUUUUUUUUUUUUUACAUUGUCACUCUAAACUCAAAACCAGUGUAUGCAGUCAAUGAACAAUACUUUGGAAACCUCAUACCCAACAUCAUACCUCUCUGCAAAAUAAAGUACAUUAAGCUUUUGGAA